AUGCGAUUACCAAUCUUAACCCCUCAAAGCCCUAUUUUCAUAUUCCUUAUAAUCUAUGCUUUCCUCUUCUCUUCCUCUACUUCAGAACCCCGAAUCUCCGAGGCCGGUCGAUUCUGUGGACAUGCCAAGCAUAACUCCAGCAGCAACUUCAUUCCAAACUUCAUAACUGUAAUGGACUUCAUCUCCAAUGAUGUCAAUGCAAAACGCUGGGGUGAGUACACUAUUGCCUCACCGGCACCGGAGGUCUACGCCUUUGCCCAAUGCUACGAUGACCUCUCACCGAUCGAUUGCGCCGCUUGCUUUGCAGUGUCUAGAACAAAGCUCCCUCUGUGCCUUCCCUCUACCUCGGCACGUAUAUAUCUUGACGGAUGCUUUCUUGGCUAUGAUGACCACGAGUUCUCCCACCAAUCUUUGGAUGAAGAGCACAAGAAUGUGAAGUGUAGCGGCUCAACAAUCGAUGUUUCGAAGUCCAAAACAGAAGAGUUUGUUAGAAAGGUUGAGGAUGUGAUUGGAAAUGUGACAGAAAAGGCCGUGAGCCAUGAAGGGUUUGGUGUGUUUGAGCAGAGAGGAGGGGUGGAGAAUGUGUAUGCAUUGGCACAGUGCUGGAAGACAAUCAAUGAAAGCGGGUGCAGAGAGUGCUUGGAAGAAGCAGGGGCUAGCCUCCGCCGGGAAUGUGUGCCUGGGGUUGAAGGCAGGGCUAUGUUUGCAGGGUGUUAUCUGAGGUAUUCUACUGAGAGGUUCUAUGGAAUUGAAUCUGAUUCAGAAGAUUGUGUGGAACAUAUUGUUGCUACAGUUUUAUCUGCCAUGGUCCUUUGUUUGCUUGCUUUGUUUGGAGUUGUUAUGGCCUACAAGAGAUUAUCAAAGAGAAAUGAAGUGUGCAAUGGUCCUAUUCAGAUAUCAAUUUCCAUACACAAGAAUAAUCUGAAUUUCAAGUACGAAAUGCUCGAAAAGGCCACCAAUUUCUUCGAUGCCUCGAGGAAAUUAGGCCAAGGAGGAGCUGGUUCUGUGUUUAAGGGAGUUCUUCCAGAUGGGAGAACUGUUGCAGUUAAAAGAUUGUACUUCAAUACCCGGCAAUGGGUGGACGACUUCUUCAAUGAGGUGAAUCUCAUCAGCGGAAUUCAACACCAGAACCUUGUUAAGCUCUUAGGUUGCAGCAUUGAAGGUCCAGAAAGUCUUCUGGUGUAUGAAUAUGUACCCAACAAAAGCCUUGACCAAGUCCUUUUUGAUAAGGACACACUGCAUAUUCUAAGUUGGAAACAAAGAUUUGAUAUCAUCUGUGGAAUUGCUGAGGGGCUUGUGUAUCUUCAUGGAAGUUGCGGAGUAAAAAUUAUUCAUAGGGACAUAAAAGCCAGCAACAUUCUGCUUGAUGAGAAUCUCAUUCCAAAGAUUGCUGAUUUUGGGCUUGCCAGAUGUGUUGGUCCUGAUAAAUCUCAUCUUAGCACAGGAAUUGCGGGUACAUUGGGAUAUAUGGCUCCUGAAUACCUUGUCCGAGGACAGUUAACAGACAAGGCUGAUGUUUAUGCCUUUGGUGUGAUGGUUCUUGAGAUUGUGAGCGGCAGGAAGAAUCGUGUUUUCGCAGAGGGUUCAAGUUCAAUUCUCUACGCUGUUUGGAAGCAUUACAAGGCAAGAAAUAUUACUGAAGCUGUUGAUCCCAUCUUGAAAGGGGGAUUCCCGGAGAGAGAGGCAUCCGAUGUACUUCGAAUCGGGCUUCUGUGCACACAAGCUUCUCUUGCAGUGAGACCAUCUAUGACUGAAGUGGUUCAGAUGCUGACUGAUAAAGAAUGUGUCAUCCCUUCACCAAAGCGGCCUCCAUUCUUGAAUGCUAGCAUACUUAGUUCAGAUGUCUCCAGAACUUCUAUGAAGUACUUUUUGUCACAACCAAUAGAUGGAGAGGGGUCUCCUCCUCGAAAGUCGUCCACCGCAAUGCCCUACAACGAUUGA